AUGUCUCUGGAAGGCAAUCUUCGCCCGAUGAACCCCGAGGGGUGGACCACGCGGCAACUCAUCUCCUACGCCGAGUUACACAAUUUACGAGUCCCAGAGGCGGGUACUGUCAUCUCACGAGAGCAACGAUCGGAACUUCUUCAGAGUGUGCAGUCCGAUCUAUUUAGUUUCUAUGAUAAAUAUAGCGAUAAGGAGGAGGUGGGGGAGGCAUCAGGUUCACUGCGGCGUAAUGAUUUCUCAUUGCCAAGUAAAAAUUUCAACCCACUCGCUCAUUGCGAUUAUGCAGAGUGGUUUCGUGCGAGUCCGGAGGAGAUACUUAAGCGCCGUGCCCAUCCCAGCAUGGCGCGGUGGCUUCGUGAGCAUCCAGAGAUACUACACAACAUUAUCACUGCUGGACUCAAUGAACUGAAAGAGAAACCUCUUCGUGGCUUCUAUGAUGCUGGAAGACUACCAUCGCUGGAAUGGUGGUUGCGAUUUACGUUGGGUAGUGAAGGGGAACAAAUAUUAGAAGAGUCGGAAAACACGUCUCGUGUAUGUGGGAAGAAAUUAUCAAGGCUUGAAGCCAUAGUCACAUGUUUGGAAUGUCGAGUGGAUGAGCAGUGUGUGUUAUGUGCGGAUUGCUUUCAAAACUCACCUUGCAGAAAUCAUAAACAUGUGGUCACGCAUGGGAGUGGUGGUGGUAUUUGUGAUUGUGGUGAUCCAGGAGCAUGGAAUCCGGAAUCUUUCUGUACAAAACAUCGUGGUUUUCAAAAAAAUGAUGAUCCCACAGCUAGUAUGAAACCUGUAGAGAAAAGAUGGUUAGAGGUGGAGACUAGUGGAUUACUGCUCUAUCAAAUCACAAUUAUGCAAAAAUUUAUGCAAGAGGUAUAUGCUCUGAAUAGUAAUGAUGAUGAUAAUAAAUGGGCUUUAAGCUGGAUAGAUCGUCUUUUACGACGAACCGUUUCAGAUACGCUCUUUUUGGCUACUAAGGCGGAAUCCACAAGACGUAUGUUAUGUAUUGCUUUAAUGCAAAAGACAUGUAUGAGUAGUCUAAUCAAAAAUAAGCGAAAAAAGAGAUUGGAGAAUAGUGAAGAAACUGAGACACAUGUCUUCUUUUCAUGUCUAGAAGAAAUGUUUCUUAAUGAUAUUGAAAUUGAAAAAACUAGGAUUAUUAUUUGGGAAGAAUCUCUUUUACUUUUAGUGGAUAGCUGCAUUUCUGAUCCAUUACUUCGUGUUCCCUUUGCAGAAUUAUUACUUAAGUAUGGUGAGAGACUUUCCUUACAAAUUAAUCGACAUGUGGCUUCAUUAUCUGUUCAGGUUUUAACUGCGAAAGAUGUUGUAGAUGCCCUUCUUCAGCGAUUACCUCAUCCAUAUUGGGAAAGUGUACUUGGUCAAGAGACCAUUCUACACCGACAAUUGUCUGUUAUGUUGUAUGUAUGUUGUCAUAUUAAAAACGAUACGGCGCUGCGAUAUGAUUUCAAUCAAAUGACUGUACGUUGUGCCAAUCAUUUUAGAGAAGUUAUUACGGCAUCGGAAAAUACUAAAGCUUUAGUCGUCUCACGUCUUCUUUUUCGUGCCUGGUAUAAAUUAUUGACAAUGAUUGGUAGUACAAGUACGGUACAGAAGUGUGAUCCAGAAUCGGUUUCAUCGGAAAGAUAUGCGGUUGUUCGUGAUUACGCGAUGGUAUUGGAUCUUGAAUUGCAUGAUGUCUUAUAUCCUAUAGGGAAAAUGGUCCAUAGUAUCUGUUCAGCCUUACAAACCGGAAAUGAACCUAUUCCACAAUGGUUAAAUGAGACACUCUUAUCAUUACCACCAAAGUGGGCGAAAGUACCAGAUCCAGCUGCGUAUUAUUCUUCUCAUCGUGAAGUACUUAAUGCACUUACUUUAAAAAAUGCAUCUACAUUAUUGUAUGAUAUUAAUAAUAUGAAUGAAAGAUUUAAAGCAUCUCGGGAGUAUAUGCGGGGAAUUCUUUUGGAAUCUAUGAAUGCUACUAAUAGUAUUCUGACAGAAAAACGAAGUGCCUUUUUACCCAAAGUAUUUGUUCUUAACGGCGUGGAUGAUGAAAAUCGGCUAUCGUACUACAAUCCACAAGAUAGUUUAGCUACCAAUCCAGCAUCCUUUACUAUACCUCAUAUGCGUUUUCUUGGAGUACUUAUUAAAAUAUGGGAAAGAGUUUUGCAAGAGAAACAAGAGCAGCAGCAGCAGCAGCAGCAGGAGAAGAAGAAGAAUCAAAAAGAAAAACAAUUAGACCUAUUAAGUGGUAAUAGAGUUGAUGAAUAUUUUUAUUCUCUUGUUUCUGAAGUUUUUGAAGCCACACAAUCGUCUGCGGAGUAUUGGAUUGAUGAAUGUCUUAUGCCAAUUGUUUUAUUGGGACAAGUUGAACAGGGAUUAUGGAAUGGACCUCUUUAUGGUAUGGAUGAACGAUGUGCAUGCUAUAUGAACUUUUCCUCUCUUUAUGUGGAAACAGAUAUUUAUAUGCUACAAAUACUUUUAUUGUUAGUUCCAACAGAAAAAUAUGCUAUUCAACUCUUACAACGACAUAUUGGAAAUGUAGAAAAUUCUUCAGAUUUGUGGUAUUCAUCAUUUCUACGUCUUAUUCUCACAAUAGCAACAACUCAAAAUAAUCCUGCUAUUGUGGAAGAGUCUGAUCUCAGACAGGCAUUGCGAGAGAAAAUGUUGUAUACUAUGGUAACAACACCUGAAUAUACUUUCCGAAUGUUACUUCGGUCUAUUCAUGGAUUUUCAUACGCUUUACCAGGUGUAGAUUGUGAUGCAAUGCAUUGCUCUAUCCUAAAAGAAAUAGCUGUACAAGAGCAUAGACAAAGUGGACAAGUCUUUCGAGUAAAAGAUGCGGCGACGUGGCGAGCCAAUGUGAACCUUUAUCAUCCUCUCAUUCGAGAUCAACACUUGUAUGAUAUGCAUGAUUUAUUUAGUCGACUUGUACGGCGAGAGAGAAUGAUGCAGGAACGGGAACGACGAAUGGAAGAAACAUCACAAGAACCGGUCGUCUCAUUUCCUCCUCCUAAUCCUAAGUGGAUUGAAAAUGAUCGAGAGCAACAACAACAGCAACAGCAGCAACAACAACAAAGGACUCUUGAUUUGGGUCCAGAGUUUCGUCAUAAAAUAUGUCUUUUACUACAGACGACAGCAGUACUCUCUGUUGCUAUUCAUACAAUACAUUUAUAUUUGUUUUUUGAGGUGAAACGAGAUUCUGGAAAGAGUAGUGGACAUAUAACAGUGAAUGUACUUAUUCAUGCCAUUACCGUACUUUAUCUUUCUAUGAAAGCCUGUAAAGAAAUAAGUUCCAUGACUUCAACUGCUGAUUCUGCAGGAAUGAUUGACUGGGAUGCGGUAAGUUUGUUUCAGCAACAGUUUAUGCCACCAUCUGGGUAUAAGUAUGAAGAUUUAAAGCAAUUAUAUCCUGUAAAAGAAAUUAUGUCAGCAAUAACAUUAAAGGAAAAACUUAAUAUUCCCGUGAGUGUACAUAAAUCUGUAAAAAAUACAACAACCAUUGACGCUUUACAGACUCUUCGUACCUACAUUAAGGAAGGAAAAUCCGAUUUUAACAGUCUUGUGUUAAUGCUGGAGUUUAUUCUUACUGGUGUGGGUGCAUUAUCUCCAUCCAGUAUAGAGGCAAAGGCGUCUCUAGAGAAGACGCAAAAUGAAGAAGAGAACCAACGACGUCAGCGCUUAAAGGAAAAGCAAGCUGCAUUAUUGCGUCGUGUGAGAGCGAGUGAUACAAAAAGUUUUGAAGAAGUACAAAAUGUGCUCGAACGUGAAGUUAAGAGUGAUAAGAAGAGCAAUCAAAGUAGUUUAGAUGGUAUUACUACUACUACUACUACUACUAUGAUGACUACUAAAAAGAACCAUAAUAAUAAUAAUGAUGAUGAUGUUGAUGGUGAUGAUAACAACAGGGAAACCUCCUCCGUUGUGGCUAGACUUCUUUUCCGCCUUGCGGGAGUGGAGUGUUGUAUUUGCCGCGAUACCACAGAUCAUCCACUGUUGUUAUUUGCACACACCUCCAGCUCAGAUACACUGUACCGCCUCGGAUUUCAUACAGGAGAAAGUAAUGAAAAGGAUGUACGUAAAAUUCAUGGAAAUCUACAUCUCUGUGGUCAUGCAGCACACAAAAACUGUGUGGCGAAAACAUUUGGUCGACUUGCUCGCUUCUGGGAAUUAAGUAGAAAUUCACUUCUCUCAACAAAUCUUUGCCCAUCUGAAUUUAAUUGUCCAAUUUGUGUUAUGAUUUGCACUACCCUUUGUCCAUUACCGGCAUUAAAACUACAUGUGAAACAACCUGUUUCCUUGUUGAGUGCCACUCCCUCUUCUUCAUUGUUUGAUGCCGUUCGCAGUGAAACUUUGGAUACGAUUAUGGGCCACACACCAACAGCUGGAGUACUUGCAGCUAUGCGAAAAGUCAUUGCACGGGCCUCCGUUGGUCUUCCAACGUCGUAUACAAAAGAAGAAGUUCCUUUAAUGGAUCCAACAAAGUUACAGAAGGAAAAUCCAACUGUAUGGGAAAUUUCAGAAACCCUGCGGUGUAUUCGAUAUCAAAUGUAUGUGGAUCUUGAGUGGGUAAAGGCAGGUGGUGUACUGCAGUAUAAUGAGUUGUUAACACUUCUCAGUUUACUUAUUUCAUUUGAUAUAAAAUUACUUGAAUCCAAUGCUCAACUGCUUCAUCAGGAGUUUAAGAAAGAUAGUGAUGUAUUUUUUACAUUCCUUUUGAAAGUCCUGUUGAACCCAAAAGAGGCAGUGACGUCUCUGGUUCAACAUACAAAAAUGCUUAUUAUUUCCUGCUUUAGUGGAUACUUUAAUGGACCUGAAUCUUUUAAAGAAUACGAUUCUUGUAUUCUCACUCAUACUCAAUCAGCAGAAGGUAACAAUGAAUAUAAUGAGUUACUUAUCGCACUUUGGCGUGAACUAGGUUGUCUUACAUUACUUAAAGUAUUACUUGUGGAUGGGACCCCAAUGCAAUUAUUACACAUUAAGGAAGAAAAAAUAACUCUUAAACCAUUAGAGGCGGAUGAAAUUACCACAUUAUCUGGUCGACAACGUGCUGUGCUCCUAAUGUUGUGCUAUCUAUUGGAGGAUAAACAACAACUUCUAUACAGUUUAGAAGUGGAGGAUCCUGGUACCGCACUGGCCUCUCUACUACAGUCAGUGGUAGAUUGUGAAAAGAAAGCAUGUAAGAAUAUCUUGAAUCCUCGUAAAGGAGAAAUCAUACGUUCUAAAAUGAUCUCAUUACCAUAUGAUGGACCUGUCGCAUGGAGACAAUGUAUUCUGCAUCAUCUAUUUCACCUUGAAAAUACAGUGGGGGAAAUGAUUCUUAAAAUGAGUUCAGUGGAGCGUUGCAGUGUAUGUGGAGAUACGGAAUCACGACGUGUGAUGUGUUGUUUUUGUGGUCAACGUCUCUGUGCACGUCCAUCAUUUGGUCCACCUGAACUCUAUGCACAUACACUGAAAUGUGGUAAUGGAGUAGGAGUUUACUUUAAGGGAGGAGAAAAUGCUUUUCUAGUACUUCUUGCUGUUCCUGGUCGUUAUUUAUCCUAUCCGGGUCUUUACAUUGAUGAAUAUGGUCAGGGAGAUCUUCGCAUGUUUCGCAAUCAUCUUGUGACGAUUGGUGAUGAGGCGGCGAAAACGUGGAUUUCGCUUUGGAUGCGCUCUCGCUGGGGUGUGGAAUCCUUUGUUGUGAGACGAUUGGUAAGAACGCACCUGGAUCGUAUGUAA